AUGGCAGGGCUACAAGCUCCUCAAACUAUGCGGCUCAAAGCUAGCAUUCAAAAAAUAGGGGUCACGCUCUUGGUAGACACAGGGAGCACUCAUAAUUUUCUCAGCACUGAUUUAGCCGAGAAGGUGGGAUUAACUCCUGAGAAAAAUACCUCAUUUACGGUGGUGGUGGCCAACGGGGAGAAGAUAAACAGCAAGGGGCAAUGUCGCAAGGUGCAGGUAUGGAUUCAGGGUACCUUAUUCACUCUAGAAUUCUAUUUAUUACCUUUGGUGGGAUAUGAUGUUGUCAUAGGAGCACAGUGGCUGAGGACACUAGGACCUAUUAUGUGGGAUUUCUCUAAGCUCCUCAUGAGCUUCUGGUACAAAGAUAAAUGGGUGCAGUUGAGGGGUAUAGCCUCGCCCAAGGAUAGAAUGGUAGAAGCCCAACCCAUACUAAAGGCUAUCAAAAAGCAACAAGGAGGAAUCAUCAUCCGCCUUUUCAGUAUACAAUUGGGAGUGGAGCAGGACUUCUUAACCACUGAGAACUCAAGCUUGAGGAAACUGUUGGAGGAGUACAACCAGAUUUUUGAAGAACCACACGGAUUACCACCUAAUCGUGUUCAGGACCACAAGAUCCCAUUGCAGCAUGGAGCAGGAGCAGUGAAUGUAAGGCCAUACAGGUACCCACACUAUCAAAAAAACGAAAUAGAAAAAAUAGUUAUGGGCUUGUUGAGUAAUGGAGUGAUUAGGCCGAGCAAUAGUCCCUAUUCAUCCCCGGUUCUAUUGGUGAAAAAGCAUGAUGGAUCAUGGUGGCUGUGCGUGGAUUACCGAGCUCUCAACCGUAUUACGAUCAAAGACAAAUUUCCCAUUCCGGUGGUGGAUGAAUUAUUAGACGAGUUGCAUGGAUCACUAUAUUUCUCGAAGUUGGACCUCCGUUCUGGGUAUCACCAAAUCAGAAUGCAUGAGGAAGAUGUGGAGAAGACAGAAUUCCGUACUCGUCAUGGACACUUUGAAUUCUUGGUCAUGCCAUUUGGCCUUACCAACGCCCCCUCAACAUUCCAAUCGCUGAUGAAUGAAAUCUUCAACAAGGUUACCCGUAAGUUUGUUCUUGUUUUCUUUGACGACAUUCUAAUUUAUAGCAAGACAUGGGAUGAGCAUUUGCAGCACUUAUCAAUUGUUUUUAAGAUUUUAAGGGCUAACCGCCUAUAUGUAAGACGUGACAAGUGUAGCUUUGCGCAAGAAGAGGUUAUCUAUCUUGGCCACAUCAUUAGUAGACAAGGAGUGCGAAUGGACCCUGAAAAAGUAUCAGCUAUGCGGGACUGGCCAAUUCCAAGAAACAUCAAGGCCCUAUGA